AUGAGAGCAUGUGUAAAUAUUUUGUUUUUAUAUUUCUUAAUAUCCGGUUAUAAAGCUUUGCCUCUAGAAGAUGGUGAAGAUUUAAACGGAGAUGGUAACAUUGAUAAUAGUAUUGAUGGUGAUGAUAAUACUAUAGACAUAUCUCAUUUGGGAACAGAGGUAUACGGCACACCGAAGAAUGAAAGUGGUGAUUCAGUGUCAACAUGGUCAGAAUCAUCAUUAAUGAAUCCCGAGGAAAUGGGCGGGUAUGCCGAAGGUGAUAUUUUGAUUCCAAAACCCCUUGGCAGGAAUGGGAUCAGCCAUGAAACUUACCGGUGGCCAGGUGGCAUCAUUCCUUAUGUUAUUGAGGGAUAUUUUAAUCAGCAGCAACGUGACACAAUCAUGAGUGCGAUUGCUGAUUAUCACCGGCUGACGUGCCUCCGGUUUGUUCCUUACAAUGGCAAACAGCAAGACUACAUCAUAAUACAAAGUAGAAACACUGGAUGUUGGUCGAGCGUCGGACGGAUUGGUGGCCGUCAGGAAGUGAAUCUGCAGUCCCCUGGCUGUGUUACCAAGAAGGGUACCGUGUUGCAUGAGUUACUGCACGCCAUCGGCUUCAUGCAUGAACAAAGUCGUCCCGAGCGAGACGACUUCGUUAAUGUCAUGUACAAUAAUAUAAAACCCGGAACAGAGAACAACUUCAGAAAAGAAGAGAAGAGGAAUACAAAUGACUUCGGCGUAUCAUACGACUACAAUAGCGUGAUGCAUUACUCUGAAUAUGCGUUCUCAAGAAACUCACGGAAAACCAUCGAACCUAAGGUGGGCGGGUACACACUGGGCCAGAGAGAGGGCCUCAGCCGCGGUGAUGUUAAGAAAGUGAACAAUAUGUACAAAUGCAAGAAAGAAGGCACGAAUGUACAAGGAGAUAAGAAAAGAGAACCUCAAACUGGCUGGCUGGGUGGUAUCUGGCAAUCUCUCUUCGGCGGCAACAAGGAUAACGAGUAA